AGCACUGCUCAAAUCAAGGCUCGAGAGGGAAGCGUUGAAAAGACUUUAAAAGCCCUCUAGGACGACAGUACUGCAAACUCGUCAUGAGCUCGUUGAUCGUACUGCUAGCGUUCCUGAUUGCCAGUGUUGUUUCGGAUGUGCCGCAGUGCAAUACCGGGAGUAUUGCAAUUCCGAGCAAUACCGAAGCGUUUGAGUGUUUGACCGUGGAAGAAAUAAAUCGCCUGAAGCAGGCCGAAAGGACCAAACGUUUCGAUGCCGAAUCUACCACUCGUUUCAUGCUGUGGACCCAAAGAACCCAACCGGACGACCGGGAGGAGUUGAAAUUUAACGAUUUGCCCGCGUUGCAGAACUCCACAUUCAAUCCGCGCAAUCCGACGCGCCUGCUUGUACACGGAUGGCUCGGCGACUGGACAUCGGACGCGGUUCGUACACUUUCUAGAGCGUAUGUGGCGAAAGGUACAUACAAUGUUAUCGGUAUCGACUGGUCAGCUGGUUCUUCCACUUUAAACUAUAUAGCAGCACGGAUACGUGUGGGUGCGGUCGCUGCUGUGAUAGCGAAGCAGAUACACAUACUGCUGCAGGCUGGUCAGCAUCCAUCUCAGAUUGUCAUCAUUGGUCACAGCCUGGGGGCACAUAUCGCUGGGUUAACGGGUAAACAGUUCCAAACCGAACCCAAACUAGCGGCCGUGGUUGCACUCGAUCCGGCUGGACCUCUUUUCGCAGGAGAUCAACCAUCGGAACGUGUCGAUGCGUUCGAUGCAGAGUACGUUGAGGUCAUACACACCAACAAAGGUCUACUGGGACACAGUGAUGCACUUGGGCAGGCGGAUUUCUACCCAAAUGGUGGACGAUCUCAACCCGGCUGUCUGAUAAACACCUGCAGUCAUAAUAAAGCGGUGGAAUACUUCCGCCGAUCGCUGGCAAGUAGGGAACCACUGUACGUUGGGAAGCGCUGUGAAACCGACGCGGUUAGUAAUAAGUGUGACGGUGCACAGGCGGUCAUGGGCGGUGAUCUAAGCGAUAUGUACAAAGCGAAGAUGAGCGGUUUGUUUUAUCUCACGAUCGAUAAAUAAACGGCAUACGAUGAUUACUGGUA